ACAGGCGGCGGAGGAUAAGCUCAGCGGAGGAAAGCCAGACCCGACCCGAGAAAGGAGCCUCUCGCGUCUCGACGAAUCGAGGGGCAGGGGUAGCGACUAGCGAGCAGAAGGCGACGCGGCAUAGACGGCUGGAAAUCGGUGAUUGAGCGCCGGAGAUUUAUACUUGGUGGUCCAAGGUGGUUGACGGAGGCGGUUAUUGGCGGAAUUGAGACGGUGACGGCGUGAUUGGAUAGUCAGUGGCUUGCGGCGUGGUGCAGUGAACUCCUUUUAACUUCAAUUUUCUUCUCACACUCAACCAAACUCUCGUCUGUGGCUCUCGCUCAUUAAAUCAAAAACCUGCGAGGAUCCAUUAUCGAAGACCUAGAGCCUUCGGUAUCACUGUGGUUCCGACAGUUGCAUGCCAGAUACUUGGAGAAACAGAAGAAUAGCUGCGUUUAUCUGAGAGAAUCGCCAUUAUCUAGAGAACAUGAAAGUGGAAGAGGUGAAUCGGUGUCAAAUUCAGGAAUGGUACCCAAAGUUUAAAUCAGUAUCCAUCAAAACCAUAAUUCACCAACUUCCAGAAUCUUUUGUUGAUUAUCUUCUCAACGACUCUGGGCCCUUCCUGUUGCCAGUUUCUGUCUCAAACGAAGACCCCUUUCCCAAUCGAAUUCAUAAUCCUGAUGAGGAAGAAGAUUAUCAAGUUUCAGAAGGAUCUGGUGAUGAAGCUGAAGAACCUCCACCACCACCUUCAUUUCCAGAACUUGAAUUGAAAGUUAAGGAAUCGAUUGAAUCCCUUGGAGGUGCAGUCUUCCCCAAGCUGAAUUGGAGCGCACCAAAAGACUCUGCUUGGAUAAGUACCACAGGUACCCUCGGGUGCUCCACCUUCAGUGAGAUCGCGCUAUUGCUCCGGUCAUCUGACUCAUUGGUCCAUGACUUGUGUCAUGCUUAUGAUUCUAGUGAUGAUAAAUCUUCGUCUAGACCCCAAAACUUCUUCCUUGCCCUUCGCAAGUGGUACCCAUCCCUUCGGCCAGAGAUGGAGUUUCGAUGUUUCGUGCGAGGGAAGAAACUAAUUGGAAUUUCGCAGCGUGAGGUGACUACUUUUUAUCCUUCCUUGCUUGAAAAGAAGAACGAUCUCCUUUUACUCAUACAGGAUUUCUUCAACGACAAAGUAAGAGCUGUAUUUGAAUCAGAAGACUACACAUUUGAUGUUUACAUUACAAAGGGUGAGAGGGUUAAAAUAGUGGAUUUCAAUCCAUGGGGUGCUUUUACACUGCCAUUGCUGUUUGCAUGGGAGGAACUAGAUCAGAUUCUUGAAGACGGAGAUGGUGUGGAGUUCAGAAUUAUUGAAGAUCGUUGUGCUGUCAGGCCAGGGCUUAAGACGGCAGUUCCAUAUGAUUACUUGGAUACUAGCCCUGGAAGUGGCUGGGAUAGAUUUAUGAGGGAUGCAGAUGAAGAGUGUCAUAAACAAUCUAGGUCCCCAGAAGCUGGUGCCUGAGAGGUAGAUGGAUAUUUCAACUUGUCGCUUGAUUUUUAGAUUUGAGUUGGCAAAUGGAACUAUAAGAAGGAAGCGAUUUCUUUGGUUUGACUACUAUUUUGGUCGUUUUAAAGAUACUUAUUUCAUCUAAGUUCUGAAAUUUAUGAAAUUAGUCCAAGCUUGUUUGGGUAUGCUAAUUUGGUCGUCA